GCAGUUGUGGCUGCUUUAAAUUGUCAAAUAUGUAAUGAUAUAAUCCAAGAGCAACUAGCCAGAGCUCUACUCUUGUUAGCAGGCCACUUUUCUUCUACAGGUGAAUCAUUAAUGGAAAAAGCACUUCUACAACAAGCUGGCUUCCGAGAAAGUUGCUUAGAAGAUUCCUCUCAUGGCAAGGAAAUUGUUGUUUAUGAUUUGGCUCACAAGAAUGAAGAGGAUGAUGAAGGUGAAAGUUGGCGAAAUAGAGCAGCCAGUGUCUUGUUCAAAAGUGGAAAUAAGAAUUUACUAUUGGCACUCGCAGAUUCUGCAGCCAAUGGUAUCCCAAGUUUAGCACGAGCAAGUCUUGUAACAAUUUCAUGGAUGAGCAGCUACCUACACUUAGUUGAUGAUAGAAAGUUGCCACCAAUGGCUCUCUCAAUCUUCACUCCAGUGUUGUUAAAAUCCUUGAAUUUUGAUAAGGAUGCUGAGGCAAGAGUGCUAGCUUCAUAUUCAUUGCUAUGUCUUGUACAAAACUCAGGUGUCUCUGAUCUGCCACCGCUACACGAAGACUCACACAGACAUCUCCAAAAUCUCUCCCUAGUGACAUGGACAGCGAAUGAGUUAAUGUCAAUCAUCUCGAAAAGCAGCUUGCAAUAAAAAACAAUGAAAAAC